AUCUAAAAACAGACAUGCUCUACAACUGUUGCGUUCUUGCCUCCUCCACUGGUUUCUUUGGCUUUUUUGGUUUUUGUUUUUGCUGGUUCGUUGGUUGGUCUGUCCGUUGAGUUUUCCCCAUAUAUGUGUGUAGAGCGCCAUUGCUUUAAUUUGGCGUGCUUUGCUAAAAAGAAACAAAUCGGGGAAGAGAAAGAAGAGUGUGGGGAAGGGGAUUGUGCCAAGGGGUUGCGAGGGUUCUUUCUCUGCUUUCUCUUUCUUCUUUAAUUUUUGGGAGAGAGAUAUAAUUGUUUUGGAGCAGAACUAGAGUGACGGUGUUUGGUUAGGAGGAAACUCGGAGAAAGAAAGCUUCGUUUGGAGAUUCUUGUUUGGGUGCGUUCUAUUAGAAGGGGACGAGUUGGACAAGUUGGGUUGAGGUUAUCAAUAUUAAGCGGUGUUAUAGAAUGUUCUAAUUCGGGAGGAAAAGCUGGAAAACACGUUUAAAACUGAGAUUUGAGACCUAAAUUCCUGAACCCCAUUUUCUUAUUAUUUUGUAACAAUAAAAAGAAAAUUGCAGAAAGAAUAAAAGACCUCUUGCUGCUCCGCCAUGUUUGUGCGAGAGAGAGAGAGAGAGAGAGAGGCUUUUUAAACUCUUUACAGGUUUCGUUCUUUAAGUUCUGUUAAAGGUGUGUGUACGGAUGGACAUGCAAGGGAAGGAAUCUAAUACCUAAAACGAAGAUUAAAAUUGGGUUCCUCGAAGAGCAAAUUACGAGGCGCUUCUUUCUAUAAGAAACUUGAGUCUUCGAGCAAAUGGGUUCGAAUCCGUCGGAAAUGCAGGAACCGAGCAUCGACACCGACAAGCUCAGCUACGAAAUCUUCUCCAUCCUGGAGAGCAAGUUCCUCUUCGGCUACGACGAUCAGAAGCUCUGGGUUCCCAAAUCGAUAGCCCCCCCGGCCACCGAGGCUCAGCCUCAAUCUCAAGCCCAAGUGCAAUCGGCCACCGUCGAUAAUAGCGUCUCGGCGAUCAAGAACCAGAGGGGUAAAAUCUGUAUUCUUAGCAUCGACGGCGCUGGCAUGCGAGGCAUUCUUUCCGGUAAAGCUUUGGCAUAUUUGGAAAACGCGCUCAAAGUGAAAUCCGGUAAUUCAGAAGCCAGAAUCGCCGAUUAUUUCGAUGUCGCCACCGGCUCCGGCGUCGGAGGUAUUUUCACCGCCAUGCUCUUUUCCUCGAAAGACCAGAGACGUCCAAUUUUCAAGGCUGACGACACGUGGAGGUUUCUGGCUGAACAAGGGAAGAGAUUUUACCGCUCUUCUGGUUCCGGUUCUAACGGCGCUGGUUUCUUCAGGCGACUAAUCAGAGGUGGGUCAUAUAGAUCGACCAGCGCAUCCGCGGUCGGUUUGGAGAAAGCGAUGAAAGAGGCUUUUUCGGAUAACAACAGGAACCUAACGCUCAAAGACACGUUAAAACCAGUGUUGAUCCCUUGCUACGACCUGUCCAGCACGGCACCGUUUCUGUUCUCCCGAGCCGACGCGCUCGAGACCGACAGCUUCGACUUCCGGCUAUGGGAGGUCUGCCGCGCCACUUCGGCGGAACCGAGCCUAUUCGAGCCGGUCCAAAUGCGGUCCAUCGACGGCCAAACCCGGUGCGUGGCAGUUGACGGCGGUUUAGCCAUGAGCAACCCAACGGCAGCGGCAAUCACGCACGUGUUGCAUAACAAACAAGAGUUCCCGUUCGUACGAGGGGUGGAGGACCUGUUGGUGCUCUCCAUAGGAACGGGUCAGCUUCUGGAGGUGAACCAUGACUGCGACCAGAUCAAGAAUUGGACGGCCAAAGAGUGGGCUCGACCUAUGGCUCGUAUCUUGGGGGACGGCUCGGCCGACUUAGUUGACCAGUCCGUGGCCAUGGCCUUCAGCCAGUGUAGAAGCAGUAAUUACGUCCGCAUUCAGACAAACGGGUCAAGCUUCGAUCGGUGUGGACCCAAUAUAGAUACAGAUUCAAGUCCCAGCAAUGUAAAGAUACUCAAUGGAUUAGCAGAGGAGAUGUUAAAACAGAAAAAUGUUGAGUCGGUGCUCUUUGGAGGCAAGAGGAUUGGAGAUCAGAGCAAUUUUGAGAAGCUCGACUGGUUUGCCGGAGAACUAGUUUUGGAGCAUCAAAUGAGGAGUUCCAGAAUAGCUCCCACUGUAGCUUUCAAACAAGCUUCCCCUAAACACACCUAGACAACUACCAAACAGUAUUACAAACCAAGAAGGUGAAAAAAGAAUGGAGAGAAAGAAGAAGAAAAACAAUAUAACAGCGGCCUCUACUUUUUGGAAGUGAUAUAAGAAGACAAGGUGAGGCCAGGGAAUCGAGUGAAAAGAACAAGUAGUGUUAAAGGUUGGAAGAUCUAAUGGGAUGAUACUUUGUCUGCUAAAGGACGGCAAUUGUGGUUUCCACUACACCUUUCUACAAUGUGUCAAUGGCAAGCUGCAACCAUGGAAAAAAGAAAAGAAAAGAAAAGAAAAAGUAGGUUAUAUAGUUCAAGCUUUCCUUAGGUCAAACUGGUAUGAGGUGUGAAUCUUUUUAUUCUUUCCAUUUCAAAUUGAGAUGCUAGGGUGGGAAAACUUUUCCAUAUUUCUUCCCAUGCCCUACUUUACCUUUCUUCCUUUUCUUUCUCUAUCUUGGAACUGCUUUUGUUUUCUCUGUUUCUUUUCAUACUGUUCUCAAGAAACUUGAGUGAGUGGUGGGCUACUUGUGAUGAAAGCCCAGAAACAUGGCCGAAAUUAUUCGACAGAUUCAUGUAUUUUUUUAAAAUUCUUUGUCUGUAUUGUUUUUCAUUUUCUUCAAUAUAGAUGGUGGGAGUGGACAAGAGAAUUGAGAUUGGGCAUCUGUAA